AAGUUUCCUUUUGGAGGUGGUAAAUGAACACAACCGACAUUCCUAUUGUCUGUAACAUCAUUAACGAAAGCGCUUCCGUGUCGGAUCGACCUGUAAAGAAAUCUCCAUGUUUCGGGUAAGCGAUAAGUCGUGAUCAGUUGUUUUAGUUUCGUUAUCUGCGCUCGUUCGUUUGUACAAUGGCUUCUUUGUUGUUUACGUAAUUAUAUCCACGUCCAUUCCUAUCUAUCAGUCCGUGCGCGCCACGGGACUAACCGCCAGUUUCGGCGGCUAUAACUCACUGAAUUGACGCUUCCUACUCGGUGGCGAUUGUUCCUAUUGAUCUAUUCUAAAGGCCAGUUACGAAACCUCAACCUAAUUCCCUUUCAUAGGGCUAAGUGGAAGGCCUUGUCGAAAGUUUAUCCGAGAUUUGCGAUCUAGUGGAGCGCGGCGGAGCCAGACCCGAGCUGGCCGGCAGUCUGCGCGCCGCGCUCGCGCCACCACCAUGCGAGACGAGGAGUCCCCGAAGCCGCCCUCCCCCGCGCUCGCGCCCUCCGCGCCCGUGCCCGUCGGGCCCUCGCGCCUCCGCCGCACGCUACACACGCUGCGCUCGCCGUUCCGCUCCGGCUCGCCCUUCCACAUCGGAUCUAGUAAACGCUCCGGCUCCACUAAGUCCUCCGCCUCAGACGGCGAGAUCGUUCGAGACGAGCGCACGAUGCGCAAGAAAAACAAGAAGCUGCGCGCGGACGCGGCGAGCGACGCGUCCGGCGCCUCGCGGAGCACGGACGGGUCGCCGCGCGAGGAAAAAAAGAAAAAGGAGGGCGGCCUGUUAAAGCGAAUGGGGAGUAUCGGGAGGAAGCGCGAAGGAGCGGGAUCCUCUCCCGUCCCGACCCCGCCUCCGGAACCGGUCGAGAUCGUUCUGGAGCCCGCCCCGGAGCCGCCGCUCGCCGAGCCGGAACCGAGCACGCCCAUAACGCCGGAGCCGCCGAUCAGUCCCAUAGCCGUGGAGCACGCGGUCGCAACGCGCCCCUUCACGAAAGCCGCGUGGAAGCGCAGCAAGAGCGUAAUCGAGAUGGAAAAGCCUGUCGAGCCUCGGGCCCCGAGUCCCGGGAGCGCGUUGCGGCGGCGCAUCGCGUUCGUGGCGCAGGCCUCCGCGUGUUUCUCGGAGGACCACGACGACGGGGAGGGCGGGGGCGAGCCGGGAGUGGGGUCGCUGGAGGAGGCGGUGGCGCUCGCGCGCGUGCGGCUGGCGUCGGCGCCCGCGCACUCGCCGACGCCGCCGCAUUCGCGCGACAACAACGACACCGAAGAGGAGGGGUACGCGGACACGAUGCCGCCCUACGGAGACCUGCUCGACGAAGAAAAACCGGAGCCGCCGGUGAGUGUUGAUGGGGCGCGCGUUGUGGGACGCGUCAGUGGGCGCGGGAGAGCCGAGCUAUGCGCGCGCGCCAUGACCUUCGAGGAGGCGGCUGACGAGUGCUACCUGAGCGUGUGCGAGUGCUGCGGCUUCAGCGCGGAGACGACCGUCCUGUACCCAUCCCACGCCUCACCCAGCGCGGAGCGACGCGAGCACCUAUACAAGAUCCUGGUCAUCGGAGAGCUAGGCACGGGGAAGACAUCCAUCAUCAAACGAUACGUCCACCAGUUCUUUAGUCAACACUACCGUGCUACCAUUGGAGUGGACUUCGCGUUAAAAGUCCUGAAUUGGGACGCAAAUACAGUCAUAAGGCUACAGCUAUGGGAUAUUGCAGGACAAGAACGUUUCGGCAACAUGACGAGGGUGUACUACAAGGAGGCGGUCGGCGCGUUCAUAGUGUUCGACGUGUCUCGGGUGGCGACCUUCGACGCGGUCGUCAAGUGGAAGAACGACCUGGACACCAAGGUGCAGCUGCCGGACGGGUCGCCGAUACCUUGUAUACUGCUGGCGAAUAAGUGCGACCAGCAGAAAGAAGGCAUCGUGAACUCUCCUGCAAAGAUGGACGAGUACUGUCGCGAACGCGGCUUCGCGGGCUGGUUUGAGACGUCGGCCAAGGAGAACAUUAACAUCGAGGAGGCGGCGAGGUCGCUAGUCAACAAGAUCCUCCUCAACGACAAACUCCUCCAAAGCAGCGACGCCAAGGACGGCGAGAAGUUCGCGCUGGACCACAAGAUCGCCAACGGCGAGAACAGCCGCGACGGCGGCGGCAAAUCCUGCGCGUGCUGACCGGCCGGCCAUCUUGUUUACGACGGCCAUUUUGUUUUCGUCUGCCAUUUUGAUUAUAGUCUUGGUUUUACGGCCGGGAUUCUUGGAUACACAAACGGUCUUUUUGAAUAUGCAGUUCUUGGAUAUGCUAAUGUUUAUUAUUUAUGUAUGAUGUACAUUGGGGCCUAUUUUACCCUUUAAAAUACAAAGGAACUAGGUCAGUGGGUAACAAAACUUUGAAGUUUUAAAUUUAAAAUUGAAAUUCGGGCCUAAAUAGCGAGACCGCGGGAUUUGAAAGGGAGAUUGUGGGGCGUCUCGAAUAGCUACCUAACAGAGUUCAUGUUAUUUACAUUCGAUAACAUUUAUCUGGUUUGUUGAGGUAGGUAUUCAUCUACUUGGCUAGGAGACAGAAUCAGUUAUUUUAAAUACACAAAUAUAAUAUCUAAUAAUAAAUGUAUUUUAGAAGUUAGUGAUUUAAAAAAAUACUGGAAUUAUAUCCAAGCUGACUGCAUAUUGCUAAAAAGAAUGCCAAUUAUUCAAUGGGUCUAAAUAAAUAUAGUUCUACUGAAUUCGGAGAAAAACUGCUCAUCACCGUUUCGUGGAAAUCGUGAACCAAUGUUAUUUUUUAAUCGAACUCUCUAUUUAUGAUUUCAUUUGUAUUUACUUAACGUUUAAAUAUUUGACUUCAUUCGGACAGAACAAAUCAUUGUUCUAUAAUACACAUAUUUUAUUUGUCUAUUCAGAUAAAAUAUUACAAAGGAGGAUUAAUUUGUUUUUUAUUUCAUUUAAUAACUACUUAAUGUGCCUAAGGACGACUAUGACUACCCAUAGCCAAAAAUAAAAUUGUCAAUCGAUUUUGCAAUUUAAGUAUAUAAAUGUUUUCACAAGAUUGUUUUUGAAUUUUUCAAAAACUCGCCUCGUGCCAUUUACGGCUAAAGUCAUAGGUCUACAUUAUGUUAUGUGUAAUGAUACCUACUGUAACAUAUGAUUUAAUAUUAGAAUAAGUAUUACCUAAUGUAUCGAAUGUUAAACUUGUGAGUGUGAGAGAUGUUAUUGUGAAAUUAAUAAAAUAUUUAGUUGAACAAA